UUUGCCAUUUUUACCCAUUUUCCCCAUUUUUCCCCAUUUUCCCCAGGCCAGUACACGACGGGGCGCGGCUCCUCGGGCGUGGGGCUGACGGCGGCCGUGCUGCGGGACCCUCAGAGCGGCGAGCUGGCGCUGGAGGGCGGCGCCCUGGUCCUGGCCGACCGCGGCGUGUGCUGCAUCGACGAGUUCGACAAGAUGACCGAGGGCGACCGCGUGGCCGUGCACGAGGCGCUGGAGCAGCAGAGCGUGGCCGUGGCCAAGGCGGGCGUGGUGGCCACGCUCAACGCCCGCUGCGCCGUCCUGGCCGCCGCCAACCCGGCCUUCGGGCGCUACGACCCGCGGCGCAGCCUGGAGCACAACCUGCAGCUGCCGGCGGCGCUGCUCUCGCGCUUCGACCUCCUCUGGCUGCUGCAGGACCGGCCCCAGCGCGACCGCGACCUCAGGCUGGCCCAGCACAUCACCUACGUGCACCAGCACUGCCGGGAGCCGCCCAGCGCCUUCCAGCCCCUGGACAUGAAACUCAUGAGGUGGGCCCGGCUGCGCCUGGGCGCCGUGGUGGAGAAGGACGACGUCAGCGAGGCGCUGAGGCUGCUCGAGGCCGCCCGGGACUCGCUGCGGGGGGACCCCGACCCCUCCCCGAGGUGCCCGCGGCCGUCGGAGGCGAUUUUCGGGGUCCUGCGGGAGCUAGGGGGGCCGGGGGGGCGCGGGGUGCCCCUCCCCCGCGCGCUGGAGGCGCUGGCGGCGCGCGGCUUCACCCCCGCGCAGGCGAGCGCCGCGCUGGCCGAGUACGAGGCGCUGGGCGUGCUGCAGGUGAGCGCCGCGCGCGGCCGCAUCGCCUUCGUGUGAGCCGGCAGCCCCGCUGCCUGCCGUCAGCGGUGGGCAAAACGAGAGAAGCACGGGAAAACGCAGAAAAUUCUGGGAAAAAUGGAGAAAAUUCGGCUGAAAACGGAGAAAAUUACGGGGAAAACGGAGAAAAUUCCGCUGAAAACGGAGAAAAUUCGGCUGAAAAUAGUGAAAAUUCGGCUGAAAACGGA